AUGAAGAUUGACGAGUCCUUUCGUGGAUGGGGUAAGCACGCGCACAAGAUGUUGAUCACGAUGGUCUGGAAGGUGACCACUACGGCACAAGACGGCAUCCAAGCGAUGACGUUUGCUCAGGAGGCGAAAGUCGAGGCGAAGGAGGCCGAGGCGGCGGCUCCCACCGUGAUUGCGGACGUCGCGGGCGUGAAGGCAGACGCAGAAUACCUGAACAAAAAAAAGAAGGAGCAGAGGACGGGGGAGGUGGAGAAGCAGGUAGAGGAUUUGGCGGCGGAUGCGCGGCAGAUUGCCAGGGAGGAGGAGGAGGGGGAAGAGAAGAGGCCCACGAUCACGGUCGGCAGCUCUCCACAAGACACGAAGAGCGACUACAUUAUCGAGCAUGUCAAAAAGUCAGCGGCGGGCGUCCAGGAUCAUCUGGGCGAGGGCGGGGCGUUCGCCUACGGCGGGCGCUUCGCGACGAGAGGAACGGUUCGGUUCGAGACGGAGCAUGCGAUGAUUGACUAUUUGCACAAACCUGCGACGCCGAAGUCUUUCGAAUGGGGGGCGCGCCGCGUCUACCUCAACCGGGAAGUGUGCAGGGCGAAGGAGGGCGAAGUCAAAGGAAAGGCAGUCCGGAAGCUCGCGCGGGCGGUGAUCGAGCGCGAGGGGGGUAACAGCGCCUGCGCGAAGGAGCAGAUCGAUGGCGGCAGGGCUGCGGGAUUUCUGUUUCGCCGCGCCGCAAAGUUCGAGCGCGCGCCGCGGGCGCCGGCAUUGGGGGCCGCCGACGACGAUAUCACAGCGGCGCGCAUGCCUCGCGGCGGCGAUGACGACGCGGGCGUCGAGGACGCGCGCGAACAAGUGGAGAGGCACCGCAGGGCUCUUCCUGUCGUGGGUGAUCGGAAGCACCCUGACUCCGAGUACUCGCCCAUCUGCUUCGUGCAGCGCUGGCAGUGGUUCUGCAGGGCCACUGGGGGCUACGGGAGAUUGGAGGCCGCGGGUUGGGCACUGGAGGAGACACUGGAGGCGGCUCUAGGCUCCGUCGGCUGCCAGCCAGCUCCCGCGCGCCCCGCCCCCUCUCUGCCGCCCGCGUGGUCGCUGCUGUUGGCCACUCCGGGGAUGCCUACGCAAGUCCUGCUCGGGCUUGGCUGCUCGUGCGUAGGCUGGUCCGAGGCCGCCCAGUGCUGCGCUGCCGCUGCCGCGAGUCGGUCGCGCGGCGCGGCAGACGACGGGCACUCCGCCGACGGCCUGGGCGGCCACGAUGACCUGUCGUGGCAGGCCAUCCUCGCCACGGCCCGGCAGGAGGCGGAGGGGCCGGGCGGGCAGCCCGGCGGGCCCGCGCCGGACGUGGUGGACCUGGCCGCCGGCGAGGCGGCGCCGGACAAGGCCGCGGGGCAGAGCCCGGACCCGAUGAGCAAGGCCAGGCUGGACCUCCUCGUCAGGUACAUGGCCUCCGUGGAGUCUCGCGGCCAGGACCAGGGCACCACGCCGCAGCGGCAGAAGCUCCAACGGAAGCUGCUGCUUAGGAUGUGCGGGGGCGGCUCCGAGAAGGGCCUGCCGUCGGCGGCGCCGAAG